CAUCAAGUUCUAUUCCCCAGAAGCAACAGCACACUUAAAAAAAUAAUGUCCUCCACUAUUGAAGAAGCGACCGAAAGAGAGGGGAAGCUAGUUUUAUGCAUUGGAUGGACAUGCAUAGAUAUCGUAAAUAUUGUUGAUUUUUUUCCAAAAGAAGAUGCAGACUCUAAAAUAGUGGAAUAUUAUUGGCAGAGAGGAGGUAAUGCUAACAACUCAUCUACAGUAUUAUCAGUAUUAGGUCGAUCCUGUGAACUUCUAUCUGUCAUUGCUAAAAAUAGCAGAGAAUAUGAGUUUUUGAUGUCAGAUAUAAACAAGUAUGGUAUUAAAACAGAUAAUUGUGUUUUCAUUGAUAAAAAUCAAUGUCCAUUAUCAACAGCGAUUUUAUCUUUAGAAACUGGCAGCAGAACUAUAUUACAUACAUUAAGAGAUAUUCCAGAAAUCACCUAUGAAAACUUUUUGCCUAUAUUUGAUGAGUCUAAUAAAUAUUCAUGGAUUCAUUUUGAGGGUCGACCUAAUAUAGAAACUAUUUGCAAUCUAUUAGUUAAACUUGAUGAGUUGAGUAAUAGAAGUGAGAUAACCACAUCAGUAGAAUUAGAACAUCCUUAUAUAGAAGAUUUAGAGUUAUUAUUAGAUAAAGGUGAUUAUGUAUUUUUGAGCAAAGAUUACGCAAAGUUUCGAGGUUUUUCUGAUAAAAAUGCAGCAGUUGAGACUUUAUCUACCAGUAUUAAAGAUGGAGCCAUCAUUGUAUGUGCAUGGGGUGAAGAUGGGGCAGCAGCCAUGUUGAAAGGAGGGAAAGUUGUAUCCGUGCCUGCAUUAAAGCUAGAGAACAUGAUUGACAGUCUAGGUGCUGGCGAUACGUUUAUUGCAAGUUUUAUCAACGCAACUUUAGAUGGACUGACAUUAAAAGAAUGUCUGAGUUACGCGUGUCAGGUAGCUGGAACGAAAUGCUGCAUGAAGGGUUAUGAUGGAUUGUCAAAAUUCAGGAAGAAAGAUUAACUCCUUAGAAAUUAACAGUUGAAGCUUGGGUUGUGAUGUUCAAUUUGAUUAGAUAAGUCAAGACACCUCUAUAUGUUUAAACUAUGUAUAUCAUUACAACACUGGACCUAAAGCCUAAUUUCCAUAGGAAACUAUAAAAUGUUGCUUGAACCGACAGGACUCGAUAAUCGACAGGGAUUCUUCUAAUAGAAAUGAUGUAAAAUGACCCAAAUCAAAAAUUAUGUUAUUAUAACAGAACUUUCUGAUAGUAUCUGAGAAAUAUUGAAUUGUAGAGGAUACUUGUACUGGUAUUAAUAUUUAAACAAUCAAGGGCAGUGGGAAUAUGGAUUGUCUUGUUUGUUGAAUCCAAGAACCUGAAAUUUGAAAUAUAAGAAGUAAGCUUACCUAGUCGUCCUAAAUUAAUUAUUAGGUAAAUCAUGCAGUCAUGUUUUUUUUUUUAUGUAAUCAAAUAUUUAUAAAUCUAAAUUGUUAUGAAAUUGUUUUCAUUUACUACCUAAGCUUUAAUGUAGUCAUUAAGAAGAAUGUGAUGUUUUAUUUUUUAAAAUGAUAUACUCGGUUUUAUUAUAUCAAAAUUGCACAGGGUUUUUCUAAGACGUAUUUCACUUAGAUGUUUAUAUGUGUUUAUUAUAUUGACAUAUAUGUCCAACCUAAUAUUUAUGUAUCUUUAUCAUGGCUUUCACUUCAAAAAUUUUGCCAGCAAGUCAAUUAUUGAAAUAUUUAACAAGCAAUGGGAUUAGCAAUAUAUAUUUUCCAAAGAAUAUGACAAUUUUUUACAUUAUCCAAAUUGUUACAUAUAUUUUUAGUGUUUAAAUUUUGCAUAUAAUAACUAUCAAUUGAAAUGUAUUUAGUUUGUUUAAAGUUCAAUCUUAUGGUAUAUAAAUUGACUGAUAACUAAGUUCUAGAGCCAGUCUAUUUCACUGUCAAUCAAGACUAAUAAAUAUGGCUGAAACGUUAGCCCCACCUUAUAUGUGCCUUAAUUUACACCAAAUUGUAAUCUUUAAUUCUAGAGAAUCUUAAAAAAAUGGUGUAUUGAUGUAGUAAAACAAACGAAAUAUGUUUUAGAAUAUUUAAUGAUAUUUGUACAGUUACAAAAUCGAAAUUGUGUAGACAUGUACAACUGACCCCAUUCUGUUGACUUUUACCAAGGAGUAAUUAGAAAUCUGCAAAUUUCUAACAUCGGCUUAUAGAUUCUGUAAGAGUGAUUGGGGAAAAAUUUUAAAUUGUUUAAUUUAAGAUUAAUUUUAUCAAGUAUGCAAAAAAGAAGAAAUAUUUAAAAUGAUUUUUCUAUCUUAUUAAAUACAAAAUACCUUUAAAUUUCCUUUUAUUAUUAUGUUAUUAAUAGUGAUAUAAUUCUUAA